CGAUUACAAAAAUUUACAAACUACAAAUAAAAAUAGUAUAAAUAGUAGUAAGUAAAUGGCAGUUGUAUCAUCAGUCAGUCAAACAACAAACAGUCAUGUCGACCUUCACCCGCUGCGGAUUUCUGCUGUGUCUCACUGUCUGCCUGCUUCAGGCGACACAAGGACAAUACCUCUCUGGCGGUUUAGGUGUGGGAUACGGCACUAACGCAGAGUGUGGCUGCAUGCGGGGCCAGGGAUACAGUUGGCAGGGGCUCGGCACCGGGAGCGCGUGGGGGUUGCCGGAAGUGGUCGGCGGCUACGGAGGCGAGGGCAUCGGAGACUUGGACGUCGCCGGCGAGCUGCCUGUGGCUGGCACCACGCUUGUGGCUGGCCAGGUGCCGGUGCUGGGAGCCGUGCAGUUCGCGGGGGAAGUGCCCGCCGCCGGUCUCGUUACCAUCACGGGCAGAUGUGGCUGCGAUUGCAACGGAAAUGUUCUGUUCUAA